AUGGUUGAACAUGUUGAUCUGAUUUUUAAUUAUGGGGGACAAUGGUUUCGAAAACCACAACUGGUAUACCAUAAAAAAUUGAUUCACGUAUGGAGAGGUUACGAAGUUGACUUGCUGUCUUACAUUGAUGUAUGUCGAGAAUUUAAAGAAAAAUUAGCUUUUAGUGAAGUACGACAGCUUCUAUUUACAGCCCCAUCUGGUGGUUUCUAUGUGAUCGAAGGGGAUGAAGGCAUUAGAACUCUUCAGAAUUUAUUAUCUGACAAUUUCAAGGUAGUGAACUUUUUUGCAGUAGAUAACUAUGAAGAGGAGCUUGGGUUAGUUCCAAACAUCAUUCAUUACCAUAAAUGUGACAAUGUUAUAGAAGUUGGAACAUAUUGUGAUAGUAGUGAGGAAGAGGAAAAUAGUGAAACUGUGUCUAGCGAAUACGAUAGUGAAGAGUUGGAGAGUUAUAAAAAGCAAAAAGAACUUGAUAUCAAUGAAAAAUUAGACAAGUACAAGGAUUUGGAGUAUGGUAUGACCUUUAGCAAUCUCAAGGAAGCUAAACAAGUUAUAGACUUCUAUGCUGUUGCAAAUAAGAGGGAUAUUAGAGUAAAGAAAAGUGACAAAGGUAGAGUUACUUAUUGUUGUGUUCUUGAUUGUCCCUUUCGAUGCUCGAUUUACAAGGAUGAGAGAGAUCAAGGUUUUAAGAUCAAGACCUUAAAUCAAGAACACACAUGUUAUGAGACUUCUGAGAACAGGAGAGCUAAAGCUGGGAUUUUAUCUCAAUAUUUUAAGAAGAAAGUUCAGAAUAAUCCUGCAUUAAAGAUUAAAGACAUGAAGGAGCACUUGGAUUCUGUUUUGGAUCUUGAUGUGAAUGAGUCAAAAUUGAAAAGAGUAAAGAGGCUUGUCUUAAACAAAUUAGAUGGUAGUUACGCGGAUGAUUAUAACAAGUUGGAGGCAUACGCACAAGAAUUGAGGAUGAGUAAUCCAGGAACUGAUGUAGUGAUCAAUUUGUCAAGAGAUGCUAUGGAAGAAGGCAAAAGAAGAUUUUUAAGGCUGUAUAUAUGCUUUCAGGCAUUAAAGGAAGGCUGGAAAGGAGGUUUGCGACCUUUUAUAGGGCUAGAUGGCACCUUUUUAAAAGGAAAAAGUAAGGGAAUAAUGUUGGUCGCAAUGGGACAAGAUUCGAGUAACCAUUUCUAUCCACUUGCUUGGGCCAUAGUAGAUAAAGAAACUAAAAGAACUUGGAACUGGUUUCUAGAGCUGCUGAAACAUUCUUUGGAUUUAAAGUCGGGUGAAAAUGUCACUUUUAUAUCAGAUAUGCAAAAGGGUUUAUUGAAUGCUGUUACUAAUGUAUGCCCACAAGCAAAUCAUCGAUGGUGUGUUAGGCAUAUUGAAACUAAUUGGAGCAAAAAUUACAGAAGUGGGGAGUUGAAAAAGCUUCUUUGGUGGUGUGCGUGGAGUACAUAUGAGGAGGAGUUCAAAGAUCAGCUGACAAAAAUGGGUGAGUUGAAUAAGAAGGCUGCUAAGUCCUUGGUGAGCUAUCCACCAGAAAAAUGGUGUAGAGCAUAUUUUGACACCAAAUGCAAAAAUUUCAUGGUUGACAACAACUUCACGGAGUCCUUCAACUCAUGGAUUGUAGAGGCCAGACAAAAACCAAUCAUAAAGAUGCUUGAAGAAAUAAGGGUGAAGGUAAUGAUCAUGUUAAGGAAGCAUGAGGCCGAAGUUAAAAGUUGGAAGAAUGAGUUUUCACCACAUGCAACGCAUCUCUUUAAUGACUACAAGAUCAUUGCCCAACGAUGUAAGGUUGAGUUUAAUGGGGGUUGUGGAUAUGAAGUGACCGAAGGUGUGGAUAGGCAUACAAUCAAUAUAGAACUUAAAAGAUGCUCAUGCAGAGUAUGGGACUUAUCUGGAAUACCAUGUCCUCAUGCCAUCAAAGCAUUUAUCCAUAAAAAAAUUGACCCUAUUGCUGAAAUACACUGGUGGUAUUCUAAGGAAGCAUAUUUGAUGGUAUAUAAGCACAAGAUCGAACCUGGUAGAGGUGAAAUUUUUUGGAAGAUGGAGCCGCACCAUGCCAUGGAGCCUCCUACUUUAGCUAAGAUGGUUGGUAGACCAAAGAUGAAGAGAACAAGAGAGAAGGAUGAGGCUAAAAAUAGGCAGGGGGUUUGGUCAGCUUCUAGAAAAGGAAUGCUAAUGACUUGUGGUUAUUGUGGUGAACCAAAUCAUAACAGAAGAAAAUGUCCAUUGGGAACAAUCCUUAAUGAUAAACACAAGGACGUCUUCCAAGAUGAAGAAAACUCUCAAGAAUCUCAUAAUGUGCCCUUGACAGAAUCAGAAAACAACUCAAGAAAGUGUAUGUUUCUUCAUUCCUGUUCCUGGUUCAAGUCAGAUCUCUAG